AUGGACAGCGAGGGCGUCACUGCCGCUAUAGAGUCCCUUGAUUAUAACAUCGGCGAGCUUCGAGAGGUUCUGGCUCCCAUACUCGACAGCCCGCUCUCUGAGACCGCAGGAAGGCUUCCUAUCCUAGACAAGGCGCAAUUAUUUGUUCUGUGGGCUUACGCCCUUGAAUCCAUAACAUUCUCCUAUUUACGAUUGAAUGGAAUCGAUGCAAAGGAGCAUCCUAUUUUUACUGAAUUGACAAGAGUCAAGCAAUAUUUUGGCAAGAUUCAAGGCGCUGUGUCAAGCACAAGCACGUCUAAGCCUAACAUGCAGCUCGACAAGGCUGCCGCUGACCGAAUUAUUAAGCAUGCUUUGGGUGGAACAACCGGACCAUUCCAGGCUAGCGAAGAGGCUCAGACGAAGACGGAAGCAAAGUCAUCCAUGAAAAGAGAUCGUUUCGAUAGCUUUGCCUCGAACGGUCAAGAGAGGCAGGGAAGCGUGAGUGGCAAUGGCCUCAAGGGCAACAGAAAGGAGUCAAAGAAAGGGAAGCGCCGGUGA